AGAAGAUGUGACAUUAUAAACAAACUGCACUGUUGCAAAAAUUUACACAAAUGUCAUCACUACUUUUCUCAUGAAGUCAACAGUUGAUCUGUGGUCCAGAACCCAGAAAAAGAAACUAAAGAUGAGUGAAAUUAAACUCAUCAUUAUUUAUCUCGAUCAAGAUCAAUACAAUGGUCCAAUCUCGUGUUUAAAUUAAUGAAACUAUGCAAAGAUCCAAUUUAAAUCAAGGAGAAGUUAAUCAACAAGGGUUCUAUUUAAACCAAUCUUUUUAAUUAAGAUUAUGUGUGGUCAAAAAAGUUGACAGAAAAAAAAUGGUCAAAUUUAUGCUCUUAGCCCUUCUAAGAACAUUACUGAUUCUGAUUUUUGCUGUCUGGAUUUUUAUCUGGUUUCUGAAACCCACAAAUAUCUGGAACAAGAAUUGGAAACAGGUUGAAGACAGUAUGCAGACAACAGUGUUCAAAUAUAAUGGUGUUGAUUUUGUGGUGUAUACAUUUCCCAUUAUGUUAUUAGCUAUAGUUGGAUUGAUAUACCUGUACAUGAAAUCAUUGAGUUCAAUCAGAAGAGGAGUAAAAAGAUGUUUAACAGCUCUGUAUAAUCCUGUGUUAGUGAAAACUCCUUUGGGUAUGUUAACUGGCAUUGAUGUUCUUGUCAUGUCUUUAAUCAUAACUCUCCUAGUCUGGACAUUCUAUGCUCGAAUCUCCAACGAUUUCCAGAAGUUAGUACCUGCAAAACACCUGAAACUGAAUCUAUGGCAGCUUAAGUUGUUGAAGAUUUCGACAAGGUUUGGUCUGUUGGCUGAAACAUGCCUUGGUUUUCUCCUGUUUCCUAUCCUGAGAGGAUUAUCAGUUUUUAGGUUGCUGGGUAUGCAAUUUGAAGCUUCUGUAAGGUAUCAUAUCUGGAUUGGAACAAUGAUGACAUUGUUUGGUGUACUGCAUGGAGUAGGCACUCUUUUCAUAUGGGGAAUCAAUCAGCAAAUAAACCAGAUAUGGAGUUGGCAGAAAGAAGGCCGAAUAUACUUAGCUGGUGGGAUUACUUUCGUGACCUUGCUGGUUAUUUGGAUCUCAUCACUUCCAUCAGUAAGGAGGAAGAAGUUUAACCUAUUCUUCUACAUGCACCAUUUGUAUAUAGUCUUUCUCGUGUUCUUCCUGUUUCAUGCUGGUGACAAGCAUUUCUACAUGGUAUUCGCGGGAGUUUUCCUCUUUGUGAUAGACAAGUUGCUUCGAGUAAUCCAAUCAAGUUCAGAAACUCGCCUUCUUUCUGUCAGAAUCUUUCCUAGUAAGGUCAUUGAGCUAACCUUUCCAAAAGAUCCAAGAUUGAGUUAUACACCAACCAGUAUAAUAUUCAUAAAGAUACCGAUGAUUUCCAAUGUUCAUUGGCACCCUUUUAGCAUUACUUCUAGCUGUAAUGUGGAUGAUCAGACAAUGUCAGUGAUGAUCAAAUCUGAAGGUUGCUGGACAAAUUCUUUGUACAACAUUUUGUGUCAGAAACUCGAGUCAAACAGCAAAACAAAAUGUAUUCCUGUUGCAAUAGAAGGCCCUUAUGGACCGGCUUCAUUUGAUUUUAUCAGAUAUGAUAAUCUGUUGUUAAUCGCGGGUGGAAUUGGUAUAACACCAAUGUUAAGCAUACUGCAGGAAAUUGCAUCUGCAAAAAGUGACUUCAGAAACAGAUCCCCUUCCCAAAUACAGCUCAUUUAUGUUGUUAAAAACUCCCUAGACAUUUCACUUUUGAAUCCGAUUUCUCAUCUAGUCUUAAAUCAAAACUCUGAGUUCUGUCUUCUGAAGCUGAAAGUCUUUGUGACCCAAGAAAAAAAGGGAAGUUCAACCCUAAGAGAACUACUGAGUUCACUGUCAAUAUCGCGGACUGUUCUCUUUGAUAUGAAGAAAUCAGAUUAUUACACCUUAGGAAGAGGAGAUAUUAAUCCUAUUUUGAUUGGUUCCAUCAUUGGUUUUUCCUCAACUAUCUUUCUUUUAUCCCUUUGUUUCUUCAACCAGUUUCUGUUUUCAGCCAAACAGAAAUCAUCCAAGCCAAACAGUCCCUCAUCAGUAGUUGAUCUUUUUCUGUUGUGUUCAUUCCUGAUAGCUGUAGCAUGUAGUGCUUUGGUAGCAAUGGUUUUGAAAUGGAGAAAAUCAAGAAGAGAACGCGAGAUGAUAACAACAAUUUGGGACAAUGGAGGUGAUGUUAUGAAAUUAAGGGCGAUGGAAGGAGCAAGAAGUACAACUACUCUUGAGGAACAUGAAAUUCAUUAUGGAGCUAGGCCUAUUUUCAAAGAUUUGCUGCAUAAAAUGGAAGGUGAAUUAGAGGGAUCAAAUGUAGGUGUGGUGGUGUGUGGACCGGAAUCAAUGAUGGAAUCUGUGGCAUCGGCUUGCCAACAAAAAUGCAGUAAACCAUUCAAGUCCGGUUCAAAGAAGCAGCAGCCUUUCUUUGUUUACCAUUCCCUCAACUUCAACCUUUAAAGGGCAGAUCGAGCUACAUACAUUGUAUGAUAUGGACUACUUUAUAUAAUCAUAUGGUGUUGGUAAUAAACCGAAUUCCUAUUUGGAGCUUGUAAGAAAAGUAAGAUGGAUUAUAGUUUAAACACGUUUAGUUACAUUACUAACUCUAAACUACGAGGGGUCAAGGUUUGAAACUUUAACGUAUUAAUGAAUAUCAAAAUUAUAAGUGCAUUCAAUCAA